UAAGAAAAACAAUAUGGAAUCCAAUCAGCUAAAUUGAUUGAGUUUGUCUCAUUCCAAGUGUUUCAAAUAUGCUGUUAAUCACAUUAUGUCCAGCUGUUUGGGAUGUUUCCAUUCAAUUUCGUUUGGUCCAAAAAUGCAGUGUAUUAAAAUUAUGUCAAUCAUUAUUGUUAAACUAAUUUAAUUUGGUCACAAUGUCACGGUGACAGGCUUAAAAAGUUUAUGAAUCAAAAAAAUUAAAUUAUUAUGGCAAAGACCAGGAAGAAAAGUGACGAGGUGUCUCUUACAGAUCGACUUACCCAGCGGCCUAAGGUAGAUCGUCCAGCCAAACGAGCUAAAAUGUCAAACAGUGUUCCAAAGACAUCGGACAACUUAAUUAUCGACUUGGCUUUAUCUGAUGACAGCAGCGACGUGGAGAUGGUUAGUGUGACAAUGCCUCGAGAAAAUGCUGACGUGCCUACUGACUUCGAAAUAUUAAACAUUUUCCAAGAUAUUUCCAAGUUGGCAAAAAUUGAGAAAUAUUUGAAUAUACUCUAUCGUCCUUUUGUAUGCUUUGUCAAUACAAAAUGUGAAUUCAAUCUACCUGAAUUGAAUGUAAUAAUACCCAAUGCCAAAUAUGAUCCGGAUCAACAUUCCGCUUUAUUCAUCAAACGCACUUUUCCAGUUGGCAGUUUGAAGGUCUAUGCUAAUGGUAAUAUCUACGCCCACGGCUAUAGUCGAGAGAGUGCCCACACUGGUCUACGAAGGUUCAUACACCAUCUCGAGGACUUUGAGUAUAAGCCAUUAUUGCGCAAUCCCAAGUACAAUGUGGUAAAUGCCACAUUUUCAAUGCCUUUCCAUGUGAACCUAAAGCAAUUGCACUCGGGCUGCUAUUCACGUACCUCAUUUAGUUCAAAGAAAACAUUCUUAACCUAUUGGAUGGACGAAUGGCAAAUAAAGUUGGCCAUAUUUCCCACCGGAUUUGUAUAUGUGAUGUUCUCAACGCAACCGCGUCAUACGAGGCGGGCUAUUCAAUUUAUAUUGCCAGUAUUAUAUCGUUAUAAGGAACUGAAUACGAAGCCAAUUGAUAUGGAUAAAAGCGGUGAUAUCGAUUACAAAUUACGAUGGGAAAGGGAAUUUCAAAGAGAAGAUGAUUUCUCCAUAAAAAUGUAAUUAAUAAAUAUAAUUCUAUAUGCCAGCACAUAAUGCAUUAUUUAAUAUUCAACCGCUUUAAGC